AUGGAGGAGGUCACCAUGGUGCGGGUGUGGCGUGAGUUUCUCGACCUGAUACCCUCGUACAGCGAGAAUCUGCCCAUCUUUCGGGACAUUUCACACAGCAUGCAGCAAUGCGGCAUUCGGCUGAACAAACAAGAGGUUCGCCGUCGCAUCAAUAGCUAUCGCAAUAAGUAUUUAACGGAACGGAGUCGCGUGGAGGGCGAUCCGGAGUACACACCGGAAUGGCGUCUGUACCAGAUUGUAGACUGCCUUUUCAAUCCAGAGCGACCCUCGGUGGACAUUCACCUGGUACAGAAUGUGCUCGAGUCGGCGGCCAUGCAGGUGCGCAGCGAGCAUCCGGAUCUGCCGAACAUACCUAGCUCAAUGUCCAGGGCACCUUAUGUGAAGUUCAAUCGCGAUCCGGACGGCUGUGCCUUCCUGGAGGGCCCAUCACCAACACCGCCGCAACAGACCCAAAAUUUUCCCGAAAUGCUGCACUUUUCUCAGAAUCCAGUCAAGACUGAACCCAAGCCGCUUGAGGCGGACGAAGCCGACAGUCCAACUUACGCAGAGAGUGCCAUACGACGGACACCCUUGAUGCCCGCCAAUUAUCAGCUCCAGCUACCCGUGGAGGAGCGCAUGGAGAUGGGGGCGAACGGUCAGAUGGAGUACGUUGGAAAGAAAAAGCGCGGACGACGCAGCAUUUUGCCGCGCGUGGGACAGAUCUCGCUGGCCCAAUUAGAGGCCUUGCGCAUGCAGAACGGAGAGCUGGAGCGGCAGAAUGAGAACAGCCAGAUGGAGUUGGAGUUCAAGGAGCGGCAAUACAACGAGCUAGAGCAGACCCUCGACCUCUGGAUGCACCAGCAAGAGAUGUUUUUGCUCCACUUUGAGCGCCUGGGCUUCAAAACCGCGGAGGACUAG